UACGUGUUUCCGGUUCCGGUUUCUAAGUCUGUUUUGUUUGGAUGAGAAAUUUGUCAACAAACUUGUAGUAAGUGCUAAUAGGUGUGCACAUUUAUACUCCAUCGGUGUGCAUUAUGUCUGGACAUGGACACAGUCAUGGUCAUUGUGAGCAUGAAGCACAAGAGCAGCCGUCAGAUUUAGGCGUUGAAUACAGCUUAUACACAAAAAUUGACACUGAUAAUGUGCAGUGUUUAAAUGAGGUUGUUGAAGGAUCUGGUAAAUUAGUAUUCAAACCGUGGGAGAAGCGCUUAGAAACUGAUCAGUUUGUUGAAAGUGAUGUGGAUGAGGAGCUGCUGUUUAAUGUCCCAUUUACAGGCAUUGUAAAAUUGAAGGGAAUAAUUGUUGUUGGUGGUGAAAAUGAUUCACACCCAUCAAAAAUGAAACUGUUUAAAAAUAGGCCUCAUAUAAAUUUUGAUGAUGUUUCCCAUGAAGCUGAUGAAGAAUUUGAGAUGACACCUGAUCAUACUGGGACAUUAGAAUAUCCUAUAAAGUAUGAUUCAAUGUUUAUUUUCUUUAUGUGUUGUCAGUUUAAACACCAAUACUGGUUCAUGUAUUGGAACUAUAUGUGAUUAUCUUUGAAAAUGAAACAAGAUAAAUUCCCUUGCAGUGCUGUUCCACUACAGGGAGCCUCAUUUAUAACACAGUUUUUCAAUUUCUUAGGUACAUCAUGUUAUUUUAUAUGACUUUAGUGAAUAACCAAAUGCAUAAAAAUGAGAGAUAAUGAACUUUAUGGACAUUUAUUAUUGAAUCUUCUUUGUACCUUUAGUAAUUUUUUUUUAGAAUUCCUGAAAGUUUUAAAUGAAAAUUCACUAAAAAUUUUCUGUCUAGGCUAUUAGGAUAGUGAAAAAUACCUUUUCAUUAUUAUUCUUAUCUUCUUCCAUACUGUUCUCAGUAUUCUAAAUACAGGCUAUUUGAGGCAGGCAUAACGCAUAAAUUUUGCAACCUACAGUAAGCAUAUCUUAAGAAGAAGAUAAUGUAUUUCAGGGAGAGAGUCUGAUCCAUGACUUACAUGUUAAAUAAUUUAUCAAGUAAAAUUAUAAAGGUAUGAUGAAAUUGAAAAGCAACAAAAAAUAAAUUUAAUAAUAGCAUAUAAUAUUGAUUGCAGUGAACCCUUAAUUCAGUUUUUCCUAAAACUUAUAUUCGCUUUUGGUAAAUGUAACUUUUUGUGGUCCAUCAGUUAAUUUUUACACUUAUCGGAAACCAAUCUUUUGCUUUCUUGAAGAUUGUUGUAGUGGGGUUUGAUUAUGUCAAAAAAA